AUGUUUUCAGUUCUCUUCAAGUUGACCUAUGGACUCAGUGCAAUUCCAACAGAAGUCCCAGCGGGCGUGUUUGUGAACACUGAGAUGCUGAUGCUAAGAUUUAUAUGGAAAUGCAAAGGAAUAGGAAUGGCUAUCACAAACUUGAAAAAGAAUUGCAGAAUGAGAGGUUUUGAUUUGCCAGAAAAGAAGGCUUAUAAUAAAGCUACAGAAAUUAAAUCAGGGGCGGCCGCGGCCGCGGUGCCCGAGACCCGGGAACACCUCUUCAAAGUGCUGGUCAUCGGCGAACUUGGCGUGGGCAAGACCAGCAUUAUCAAGCGCUACGUCCACCAGCUCUUCUCCCAGCACUACCGAGCCACCAUCGGGGUGGACUUCGCCCUCAAGGUCCUCAACUGGGACAGCAGGACGCUGGUGCGCCUGCAGCUGUGGGACAUCGCGGGACAGGAACGGUUUGGCAACAUGACCCGAGUGUAUUAUAAAGAAGCUGUCGGUGCUUUUGUCGUGUUUGAUGUAUCGAGAGGUUCCACAUUUGAAGCCGUUUUAAAAUGGAAAAGUGAUCUGGAUAGUAAAGUCCAUCUUCCAAAUGGCAGCCCCAUUCCUGCUGUCCUCUUAGCUAACAAAUGUGACCAGAGAAAGGACGGUGGCCAGAAUCCUCCCCAGAUGGACCAGUUCUGCAAAGAACAUGGCUUCAGUGGAUGGUUUGAAACCUCCGCAAAGGAUAACAUAAACAUAGAUGAAGCAGCCCGGUUCCUAGUGGAGAACAUUCUCGCGAACCACCAAAGCUUCCCCAGUGAAGAAAUCGAAGGCAGUAUUAAACUGGAUCCGGAGACCCUGAAAAAGGAAAACAAACCCCAGUGUUGCUGACUUGGCGUCUGCUUCUCUCGUGCGGAUGCAGCCUGGCUUGCUUGGAACGAAGUAAUGCACGAGAAAGGAUCGUGGGUGGCGGCUGGCUGCUCUGUGAGUCUUCCCCGGGCUGCCCGUUGACAGGAGGACAGCCUGCGAUGAAGGGGCCCGCUGGUGAAGGAGUCCGGCCGGCCAAUCUGCACCUUCGCACGUGAACACCUGGGCCCCUUUGGUGGUUGCCAUCACAUUCAGGAUAAUGUUUAUGUCCUCUUUAACGUCUUUUAAAAUGACACUUCCUCAAGAUUUGUUAAGGCUUACAAGGUGCGGCUUUCAGUGUGAGCACUGGGGUGGUAAUAAAACUUCCCCUGCAGCCUUAGGGUGAUCCCGUGAGUCUGUAUUUUUGUCUCUGGGUUCCAUGCUCACAUUCGAGGGAGGCUUUUGGACUCUUAGCCACAGAAGCUGGAAGUUCCUGUUUAGCCAUCUUUUAUUUUUCUAGUCAAAACUUGGGUACUCAUGUAAAAUUGUUAUCCUUGCAUAUUGUAAUUUAACCAGUCCUAGCUAGUGUGGCAUGUGGUUAUUCCUCUUAAACAAUUAAAAUGCCCUUCUUGAUGACUCAGAAGCACUCGCACCACACUGGUACCCUGAUCUAGCUGCUACCAGUUGCAAACAUCAUAAAUGCACGUUUCUUCUUCUCUCUCCCCAGUCUGUCCUCUCCUCUCCUCUUCCUGUGUGUUUGUGUUUAGAGCUGAGGGCCUGACUCAUAACUGCUGUCACAGUUCUAACUGGAGCUAGAUUUUCAAGGCUAUAAUAAUAAUGGUUAAGGAGAGAAUUUAUUUCAAAACAUCCAAUUAAAUUGAGAUUCUGUAUGUGCAUUGUGGAAGAAGCUAAGUCAUGUGUGGUUUUACACAAAGUUUUGAACAUUUAAAGUGUAAUACAUGAGAAACUUAAAGCAGGCUCACAAUAUAUGUUUUGUCAUUUAGCCCAAUUAAGGAAAAGAAUAAAUAUUUUGACUGAAAUCUUUGUUUUGAAUUCAUGUAGUUCUAGAAAGGUAACAUGGGGUAUAUACUUUUCUGCCUUAGAAAAGUUUGUGUCUGUUCAUUUCUGCCUUUUAUUUUUAAGAGACUUGAUAUCAUGUGAAAGGUCCAGUUUAUCUCUUUCAAAGGAAUUUCAGAAAUGUUUGCGACAGACCAGAGCCAAUGCAGAAUGAGGUCUUGUACAUUAAGUAUGAACUUGGACAGGAGAGAUCUAUACAUUUAUUGAGCAGAGAAAAAAACGGCAAAUUUCACUUGCGCUGACAGAUGUGUUCUGAGAAUAAGUAGUAAUUGUCAUGGACUAUAAAACGUAGCUUGCUCUUCUCAUUAAGCCUAAGCUUUGGUAGGAAUCGCAAGUUUGUUUAUAUGUUAUAUAUUUAAGUAAAUAAACUCCUUAACCUCUUUGGACAUGUAUCCCCUAUAGAAUCAGAGUCUCUGAGGCCACAGAAUACAGAGCAGACCCUGAAUUAAGUAAUACUCAUUUAAUUAAUAGAACCCUUUUAAGUUUUAGAAAAAAUGCAUCAAAUCUUGCUUUCUAGGAAACAUAUGUGUCAUAUUUUAAAAUUUUUUUAGAUUGAGUACAAAGUUCAACUUUUUAACCUUUCUUAAACUCCAGAAUCCAAUAUUAUAAGUAUUUUGAAAUAUUCAUACCCAAACCAAAAUGUUAGAAAUACAAAGUUUAUUCUAGGUAGUCACUGAAAGACUGAAUUCCACUGCUUGGAAUGUUCUUUUUUCGUAUAUUGAUUUUUAUUUUUUACAAGAAAUUAUCAUGUUUAAAGUGAUUUAGCAGUGGAUUCAAAGUGGAGAGUUUUGCAUUUUCUUUGCCACAUUUGUUAUCUUCUCUUAGAAUAAUUUUAAGGAUUGACAAUACUUAAAUAAUUCUUUUUCUGGGGAGAGUGAUAGCUUAGUGAUAGAGUGCGUGCUUAGCAUGCAUGAGGUCCUGGGUUCAAUCCCCAGGAAAAUAAAUAAAAUAAAUACAUUUUAAAAAAUUGCUUUCUGUAAACACUCAGGGUCCUGUACGUCAGUGAGGGGUAUUUUAGUCUAUUUAUCAUUUCCUACACUUUAGAAGUGAAACUGAGUGAAUAUUUUGCUUUACUUUAAAUUCUCACUACAAUCUGUUUCUACAAGUUGAACAUGAAACUUGGAUUUAGGGUGCUGGAGAAGUAAAAAAUUUCCUCUACCCUUUCUAGGUUCUUCUGGCUGAUCUGAGAAUUAAAUUGACAUGAGACAGAUUAAAAGAAGAAGAAUUUAAUUAUGUACACUUGGGGCCCUAUAAGAAAAAUGAGAUCCAAGGACAAUUUAGGCAAUUGAGGCUUGUCUGCCAUCUGAGAGGAGGAGAAGCAGGCAGGGGCAUGGGGCUUCAAGACGGAGGAAAGCAAUUCACAUGGAGACUGAAGGGAAACAAAUGUUUACUCUGCCGCUGUGCAGAGACAGUGAGACACAGAGAGGACUCUGGUCUCCAGGCCCUGCCAGUUCCCCUCACCAUGCCUAGCCCAGGCCAUAUUCUUUGUCGGUGUCUCAGGAGAUGGUGUUCUUCCUGGACCAGGUCCUUUAUUUAAAUUCUCUUAGGCAGCAGUUAAAGGAGAAGGAAGGAAAAAAAAAAAAAAGACUUCCUGAGUCUUGGGUUGCUUAAAAAUAAUCAGCCUAAAAUAAUCCUCACGCCAAAGAGACAUAUUCUGGGUUGGCAAAUUUCGUUCCUCUACAAGGGUAAGCUGCAUACAUGGUUAAAGGCAAGAAGUGAAUACUAUGAAAUUUCUUAUUCACUUAAUUGCUGAAUGAAGACUUAGCCUCACUU